AUGGCCCUCCAGGAGCUCACUUACCAGGAUGUUGCUGAGCACAACACCAAGAAGGACCUCUAUGUUGUGAUCCACGAUAAGAUCUACGACAUCACCAAGUUCGUUGAUGAGCACCCUGGUGGCGAGGAGGUCCUUCUCGAUGUUGCCGGUCAGGAUUCCACCGAGGCUUUCGAGGAUGUUGGUCACAGUGACGAGGCCCGCGAGGCUCUUGAGCCCCUUCUUGUCGGCACCCUGAAGCGCAACCCCGGCGACCCCAAGCCCAAGACUCCCCUCCCCGGUGCCGUCUCUCCUGCCGCCAACAACUCCAGCGCCGGUCUCGGCGUCGGUCUCUACGCCGUCGUCCUUCUCGGCGGUCUCGUUGCUUUCGGUGCCUACCAGUACCUCCAGCAACAACAGAACCAGCAGGCUUAA